AUGGAGUAUGGCACCCUCACUCACGUGCUUUUGUUCCAGGUAUCCCCAAUAGCUCAGGCUCUUCAUAAAUCGCUUAUACAUCCCCUCGGAUCAAACGCGAAGCGAAGCGACCAUCAACCUCUGACAAGGCCCUCCCUGCAGCAAGUACCACCUCGUUGUGAGGGUUGUACCACACGGCCGAUGCAGCAGCAGCAGCAGCAGCAGCAGCAGCAGAAGAAAGAAACUCAAUUCGCCCGCAGUGUUCGAAAAAGUCCCUGGAAGUAA